AUGAGUCCUGAACAGCUGAGGUUUCAGCCCAAGAAGAUUCGUCGGCGUCGCCGAAGAUAUGAAUAUGGGAACCCAGAUGAUGACGAGGAGGAGGCUGGUGCCAACCCAGUUGCCGCGGAGUACUUCAAAAAAGCUAUUGAAAAAGGGGACCGUCGACUUCUACUCUCAACUGUGCCGAAGGGAAGGAAGACAAUGCAUGGUGCUCUUUUGGGCGUGGAAACUGCCAUCGAGAAUGGUGUUGCCGAAAAGCUGCUUGCGGCAAUCCGCGUCUUGCCAGAGUCGUUGCAGGAUGCAGGCCCAGCUGAGGACAGUGGGCACUGGUGUCCUGGGCCGCCGGGUGUGAAACUGUUUCCAGAUCACCCGCUUCCGCCACUUCCGCAGGCAGAUGCGAAAUCUGUCAAAGAUUCAGAGGACGAGAAAAAGCCGGAGAUAAACUUGGAUGAUUUGGAGGACAUGUCAGGUGUGGAGUACGAAGAUGAGUGA